AUGCAUAGCACCCAAUUAAGUGAGAGUUUCAAUGCUAGCCUAAAACCAUAUGUUAAGUCAGAUUAUGAUGUGGUUCAAUUUUUCAAGCACAUUGACAGAUUGCUCAAUGAUAAGCGGUAUAAAGAGUUAGAGGCAGAGUAUGCUUUGUGCUACAAGUUACCUACUAUUGGGAUAUUUUCUUCAAUGGUGAUCAAGGCUAGAAAUAUUUACACUAAAGCAGUAUUUGAAGAAUUCCAAAUUCAGUAUGAGAAGGCUCUUGACUACAACUUAGUCGGAUGUAUUCAAGAUGGUGAUGACAUUGUGUAUAAAGUUGCCUUUAAUGGCCAUCCAAAGCAGAGAUGUGUUAGGGUGAAGAAAGACCAUUCAGUAUCUUGUAAUUGUAGGUUGUUUGAGAUUAAAGGUAUUUUAUGCCGCCAUGCAAUAAAAAUCCUUACUAACUACAUGAAUGUCAAAGAAAUUCCUGAUCAAUAUAUUUUAAAAAGGUGGACAAGAAAAACGAGAUCUAAAAGAGUGAAAGACAUGUAUGGCCAAGACAUCCAAGUAGAUACCAACCUACAACAAACAUCUUGGUACAAGUCUCUAAGUUCCAUAUCCACCAAGAUUUCAUCUCAGGCCGCUGAGAAAGAAGAGACAUAUCAGUUUGCUAUUCAUCAUUUGGGGGAACUAAGCAAAGCUAUUGAAGACAUGUUAUGUUCAAAAAUGGAUACAUUACAACUUGGUAAGGAUGACCAGAUUACACCUUCCUCCACUAUGAUUGAGGGUAUUAAUAUGGCCAAAAGUAACUCGGAUAAGGCAAAAGUUGUUCAAGCCAAAGGAUUCAAGAAAAGGGAGAGUGCUCGAGGAAGAAAAAGAAGAAUUAUAAGUGAUUUUGAAAAAAGUUUGGCCAAGAAUCGAAAAGGGAGUCCUCUUGAGAAAGAAAAGUCAUCUAGUUCUGAUUCAACCAAGUCUGGUAAUUGUGGUGCGCCAAUUCUAAUGUUAUGGAUACCAUUUCAAGAAUCUCAAAGUUUUAGUUACCAAGCAUUACUUAACUUUCAAGAUUUUCCAGAUGAUGGGAUAGACUCAUUUUGUGGUGAUGAAUGA